UGCGCUACUCUGACGAGUCACUUGCCGACGGCGCCGGAACUGACAGUGACGCUUUCAUUGCUAAGAGUACCCAGACUGCAAGGAAUCCCGAUCAGUUCAACCAGGAUCUGCGGGGGCUGUUGAAGGAUCUUCGCGGUCAGGCGGCCGCAGGAGGGCCGUUGAUGAAGAUCGCGGCGGGGAAUGAGACAACAACGGAUUUUCAGACCAUAUUCGCUCUGGUGCAGUGCGUGCCUUAUCUCACAGAAACGAGCUGCGAUCAAUGUUUGAUCAACUCGGAGCAAUAUGUGUGUUGUGAUGGCAAUACGGGGGCAAGAGUAUAUAUGCCCCGCUGUUUUACUCAAUAUGAGGUCAUACCCUUUUACAAUAUCACUCGGAUUCAAGAGGUGCGAGCGAUCAUAUCGCCCCUCCCUCCUCCUCCUCCGCUGCCGGUGCCCCCACCAUCGUCGGGCAAUACCAGUCGAACUGUGAUCAUCAUUCUUGUUCCAAUUUUGGCGUCUCUGUUUCUCGCUGCUUGUGUUGGCGUAAUCAUCAGAAAGAGAUUCAACAAGAAAACAGAGCACAUAACAUUACAAGGCGAGGACGAAGCUGUAAGUGCUGAAGAAUCCCUUUUAUACGAUUUCAAGCAACUUGUAGCUGCUACAGACCAUUUCUCCACUAGUAACAAACUUGGAGAAGGAGGAUUUGGUGAAGUUUAUAAGGGAAAACUUCAAAAUGGCCAACAAAUUGCAGUCAAAAGGCUGUCAAGGAAUUCUGGGCAAGGAGAAUUGGAGUUCAAGAAUGAAGUAUUAUCAAUGGCCAAACUUCAACAUAGAAAUUUGGUAAGGUUGUUGGGAUUCUCACUACAAGGAUCGGAGAGGCUUCUUGUCUAUGAAUUUGUUCAAAAUAGAAGCCUAGACUGCUCUAUUUUUGAUCCGAUGAUGCGUUUGCUUGUUAAUUGGGAGUGUCGAUACAAGAUCAUAAAGGGCAUCGCUAAGGGACUUGUUUAUCUGCACGAAGAGUCUCGUGUACGCAUAAUUCAUCGCGACCUCAAAGCGAGCAACAUACUCUUAGAUGAGGACAAGAACCCUAAAAUCUCCGAUUUUGGCAUGGCAAGAUUGUUUCGACAGGAUGAAACACGAGGCAAUACACAUAGGAUUGUUGGAACCUACGGAUACAUGGCACCAGAAUAUGCAAGACACGGGGAUUUCUCGAUUAAAUCGGACGUGUUUAGCUUUGGAGUGCUGGUGCUGGAGAUUAUCAGCGGACAAAAUAACGGCUCUUUCAAGAACGUGGAUAAUGGAGAGCACGUAGAAUACAUGCUUAGUUAUGCAUGGAGAAAUUGGUGUGCAGGAAGAGCGAGGAAGUUAAUUGAUCCCGCAUUGAUGUCUGCUUCGAUCCCUCUCCAUGAUAUUCUGAGAUGUAUUCAUAUCGGAUUGUUGUGCGUUCAGAAUAAUGCAAGGGAUAGGCCGACAAUGUCUUCGGUUUUGAUAAUGCUUCAAAGCUUCUCUGCCACUUUUCCGGUGCCUUUGGAGCCGGCAUUUUUUGUCCCUGGUGGCAACGAGCACAUGACCAAAUCAUUGGAGAUCAAACCAACCGAGUUUUCCAAAAAUGAAGCAUCAAUCACUGAGUUAUAUCCGCGUUAAAUUGUAAAACUAUGUGUUUCAAAAGUAAGUAAUUUGUUGUUCUUGUUA